UUUGUGACCCCCGUCUGCGCAGAACUACGAGAUCCAUCUCUCGAUCUGAGCCGCGUAAAACCCUAGCCGUCUCCAAAUCAGUCAUCCGCCACCCCCCCCCCCCGCCGCCGCCGCCACCUCCAUGGACACUUCCCUGGCUGCCGCCGCUGUCACCGCAGAGGCCUCCGCCCCCGCCGCGGCAUCAACGGAACCUUCCGCGGCUCCUGAUGCCUCCCCUGCAGCCUCCUCCUCCUCCGCUGCCGCCGCCGUCGCCGAAGACCUCGCGGGGGGCGUGGCGGCAUUGAGCCUGGACGAGCGGUUCGACUUGCUGAUGAGCAUAGGCGAGGAGUGUAUUCAGCCUGACGAGCUCAAGCGGCUGCUGCAGAACAAGCCCGUCCCUAUCUGCUACGACGGGUUCGAGCCCUCUGGCCGAAUGCACAUUGCCCAGGGUGUUGUGAAGACAAUUAAUGUUAACAAGAUGAUCAGAGCGGGAUGCAAAGUGAAAAUCUGGAUAGCAGACUGGUUUGCACAGCUAAACAACAAAAUGGGUGGUGAUCUGAAAAAAAUCCAGACUGUCGGGCGCUACAUGAUUGAAAUAUGGAAAGCAGCUGGUAUGAACCUUGAUGGUGUUGAAUUCUUAUGGUCUUCAGAGGAAAUUAAUAGGCGUGCAAAUGAAUACUGGCCACUUGUAAUGGACAUUGGCAGGAAAAAUAAUAUCAAAAGAAUAACGAGGUGUUGUACGAUUAUGGGUCGCUCUGACAAUGAGGAAUUGACUGCUGCACAGAUCUUCUAUCCUUGCAUGCAGUGUGCUGAUAUAUUCUUCCUGAAGGCGGACAUAUGCCAGUUGGGUAUGGACCAAAGGAAGGUUAACAUGUUAGCAAGGGAAUAUUGCGAUGACAUCAAAAGGAAAAACAAGCCAAUUAUUCUGUCACAUCAUAUGCUCCCCGGUUUCAAAGAAGGCCAGGAGAAGAUGUCAAAGAGUGAUCCGACAUCGGCUAUCUUUAUGGAAGAUGAUGAGGCUCAGGUAAAUUUGAAGAUAAAGCAAGCUUUCUGUCCUCCCAAAAUUGUUGAUAAAAAUCCGUGCCUGGAGUACAUCCAGUACAUUGUUUUCCCUUGGUUUGACAAGUUUGAGGUUGUCCGCAAAGAAAACAAUGGUGGUAACAAGACAUUUUUAACCAUGGAUGAACUUGUUGCUGAUUAUGAAGCGGGUGAUUUGCAUCCUGCCGACGUUAAACCUGCUUUGGCGAAAGCGAUCAAUGAAAUAUUGAAGCCUGUUCGUGACCACUUCAACAGCAGCAGUGAAGCCAAAAUUCUCCUCAAUACUGUUAAGAAGUACAGGGUAAGCAAUUGAGGAGCAAAUACCUUCCUGGUCAUUACAUGGACACCCAACAGACAAUGGAAGCAUACACAUUUUGGUUGGCAGAGUUUCGUGGGCACAAUUUUUGGCAAUACUAAUACCUCUAUUGCUGAUAUGCAUCAGAAACUGUCGUGAUUAUGUUGAUCAGUGUACAAUAUCUUUGCGUGUCACCUUCAAUUGAGAAGUUAUAAGACGCUUGGCGUGACAUUGUAGCUAACAUCUAAGGUAAACGCAUUAAAUCAGGCGACUGAUUUUGUCAA